AGUCUAGAAACCAACACCUUCCCUGUCCUAUCGGAAAACAAACCGAGUCUGCAGCCCACAACUUCAUUUUCAAUAUGUACGCGGGUAACUAAGGAUGAGAUUAUAUAAAUAACAGUUUUGAGAAUGUGAAUUCAAUUUUUAAUUAAGUACUUCUCAGUGAACACGGGUUUGUGGUUUUUAAAUUUCACUUUUAAUGGAAAAUUCGCCAAACAUUAAUGAGGAAAGUGAUCAACUAGUAAGAAAUAAUGUUACUGGUUGUAAAGAAAUGAAAAAUAAUUCUGGGUGUAACAAAGAGGAAAGUGGGGAAAAAGAGUUAAUCGUCGUUAAUGAUGGUAAAGAGAAUGAAACAUCGAAGGAAGAAAAUUGUGAUAAUGACAAAAGCAAAGAAAACAAGGAUACAGAAAAGAACAUCGUAGCCAGACGAAGACCUUUGUCAACAAAAAGUACACGCAGCAGUGAAUUAAAAGAAAAUGAGAAGAAAAAACGUCUUAUUGGGUCUGCUAAAGGAAAACAAAUUGUAAAGAGACGAAGUAGUUCAUCUGAUAUAAUAAAGAAAAAACCACAUAUUUUACAUAAAAAAGUCACACGAAAACUAAACAGGUCCAAGCAAAAUGGAAAUGUUUCUUCGUUGGAGAGCAGUUCUCAACAAUGCAACUCAGAUACGGAUUCAAAACGAAGUAUCGAGGAAGACUCUCAGAAAUUAAUAGAAGAUGAGAACAGACCACAGGGUACAUCGGGUAAAAAUUCAGAGAAAAACACAGAAAAUGGAUGUACGUCUAUGGAAAGAUAUGACAAAGAGACAAAAUUUGAUUCAUCGGUGCAUGGGAAUAGUUCUAGACGGUUUGGUUUCAAAAAGACAUGGCAAAGGAUAAAAUCAGUGAAAGAGAAGGCUUUAAUUUCUUCGCAGGGAAACGGUACUAUACCAUCUGGAAACAGUUCUACACCAGUUCUAGUUGACAAAGAAAAACACGAAACUAUAGGAAAGAAAGACGAUCAAGGAAAAGAACAUUCGAGAGAGAAACAGAUGAGUUCUACUCAAACCAAAGAAACUAGCACGCCAGAAGUGAAUCAGAUUUCAACAGACUGUCCUGUCAAUGAUACCAAUUCACAACAGGCCGUCGAACAAACAGUUCAGUUUGAAAAUGGCAAUAAAUAUACUGAAGAUGAAAAGACAAAGACUUUAGUAGUUAAUUCGGACCCUUACAUUCAUUCCGCUAUCCCAUAUCUUCCACUGCAAUUAUCUGUGAUCUGUUUAGUAAUGAACAUAUUUUUACCCGGAUCAGGAACUGUUUUGAGUGGGUUUGCCAUUCUUUUCUGCGGGGAAACACGGAUUCAGACGAAAGAAGACCAAAAGACGGUUACGCUGUGUGUUAAUCUUUCGGUGGGCGUGUCCCAACUAUUUACUGUCACAUUCCUAUUGGUCGGGUGGUUCUGGAGCCUCGCUUGGGGAAUCAAACUGGUCACACUCUCUGUGGAAUACAAAAGGCAAUUAAAACAGAAAAGAGAGAGAGAAUUACAAGUCAUUGCUUUGAAAGCCUUUGGAUCAUCCAUGCAAGUGCGCCCAAUGUUUUCCGUGGUUACCGAGUAAUGAGGAAUGGUGACGAAUGAACGCAUACCUGUCAGUGCCAUAAAUCUUUCCUGACAAUUGAUGAUCCCACAUUCAAAUAAUACGUUACCAUGUUCUGCAUGGCAAAAAUAAA